AUAGCAUCUGUUGCCUCAUGUGGAUUGUGAACUGCUCUGAACUGCUCUAUUGAAAUGCAUGGUUUUGCAGAGGUAUUACAGUCUUAUCUGAGCUCAACUCAGGCAUCUCCCUGUGCUUUAUAGUCCCUUAUUUACACUUGCCAGUAGUUCACAGGAUGAAACAUAGAUGCCCCACAUGGAAUUUGCUAUAUAUUUUUCAAACAUGUUACAUCUGAGAAAUUCUGCACAGCAUGUUGUGUUACAGCAGGGCCUGUUUUUAAUGAAAGCUGUAGCUCAUGCUAAGAUAAAAAAAUAUGUCUAGGGUUGAAAGCAAUUGCACGGUGCUUGGUUACAGUCCAUAAGACGGUAAACCAUUCAAAUAAUUAGCAGAGUUUGUUCAAAACAGAGACCAGGCCACACAGCGAUGACUAAUGGGUUGUCUUGUCUAAUGUCGGAUGACAUGUAGUCUGGAAAAGAACCAUUGCGUGUAGUGUGACAUGUUUUGCUGUAGGCCAUGUUAUAAUCUGGUUCAUCUAGAUCUUGUGUGCCUGAGGCAGGUCGAUUAAGGUUAUCUGAGAGGUGAGAUUAACUAAAUAGUUAAUUCAGUGUGAUACAAAAUGACUAACAAUGGUGACAGCACUGACUCCCUUUAUCAAUAAGCUGAUGUUGUUUUCUGCAGCAGUGAGGGUGUGGUUUUCUGUAAACUAGUAAGAACGUUACUGUGUUAAACAAAAUGUGUCAAAGAUGCUUUGACAACUCAAGAAUAACCACAAAAUAUGACUUCUUACUUCUCCUACUGGAACAAGUUAAUCAAGGUUCCCUACAAUAAUAAAUAAAUACAGCUAAUGUUAAAAUUAUUUUCUGCUUGUAAUUUUUAUUGCCUUUAGAGACUGUCCUCAAGGAGAGAGGAUGGUGUAUGUAGCCAAGGGAAGAGAUGCCAGAUUCAACCUUGGUGGAGUUGGACCAAAAACAAUCUUUAUAAACCACCUUCCAUCCUAUGUGUUUUACCUACAUUAUAUUUACCACCUUGUCCCUCUUUCUCCACUCCCUCCCUGUGUGUGUGUGUGUGUGUGUUAUUGUACUUGCUUCAUAGAUGAGACAUGUUUUUUUUUUUUCUACCUACAGAGUGAGGACAUUUUUAGAAAGUGAGAACAUUUUGGCCGGUAUUCACAACUUCAGUGGGCUGUUUGAAGGUUAAGACUUGGUUUUUAUAGGUUAGGUUAGAAUUAGGUUAUGGUUAGGGUUGGGGUCAGGCAUUUAGUUGUGAUGGUUAAGGUUAGGGUAAGAGGCUAGAGCAGGGAUAUUCAAUUGCAAAUUUAAUUGGGCCAGAUUUUAAAACCAGGAAAUGUAGAAGGGCCAGACAUUUUCAGCAGCCUAUUUAAAACCUUUUUUUUGGUUUGUUUUUAGUAAUGACAAAUUUUAAACAAAUGCAAAUGAAUGUAAUAAAAAAUAGCAGGCGUUUGGAGAUGGCGGUAAAAUAAACAAACACUUGCCAGUCCAGGCAGGGUUAAACUGACAGUUUUUGUUACAUUUCCGUUUCAGGGUUGACAGACACAUUUUCAGUAGAGCACUUCCCUAUUUGUGGCUGUCAAUAGCCAGAUGUUUUGAAAAGCUACUAAGUGUGGUCGGAACUCAUCUGAGAAGACAUUGAUUUGUGAAAGAUAUGAUUGGCGGUGUCGCUACAUCCGUAAACAUCCUGCCUGAUCGGUACUGCGCAUGUCGAACUCUCAACAGAGACGAGAAGGAAGCAAGAUGGUUCACUCGUUAGCUACUUCCACACACUAUAUAUGUAGUUCACUUAUUUUGUCAUGUAUCAGAUUUAUGAAUGCUGGGCCACUUGGAGGUUGCUUCUGAGCCGGAUGUGGCGUGCCGCCAAUUGAAUGGGCCGUGGCUAGGAAAUCCAUUAUGUCAAUGACAUUUCUCUCAAAGGUAGAAGUACAAGGGUGAUGACCUGGAUGGUGCCAUGUAAAUGACUGAAGACCAUGAAGCCCACACACAAGCUGCUGUUCGUCCUGUGCCCCAUGCUGGUCCUGGGCUUUAUUUACUACUCCUCCGGGAAGCUACAUCUACACGUAUGGGGCCAGAAGCCUCAGAGGGAUGCAGAAGAGACAGCUGUAGUCCUGACUAAAGGGGCAGAAGUGAAAAGAAUUACAGAGUUGGAAACAGACAUCACCGUGGGACGAAUAGUAGGCUCAGUGUAUGAUAAGCAGGGCUUUCUGCUGCAGCUGGACACAAAACUGCCACCAGAGUUGGCAUACACAUAUGGCAACUUCAGUGAAGGAAUGUGCAAGCCAGGAUAUGCAGCAGCCAAGAUGACCGCCAUCUAUCCUAAGUUUGUGAAACCAGCACCCAUGUUUCUUGAUCGAAACUUCAAGCGUCUAGCAAAAGUCAGCAAUUACUUACCUCCCUUCGGAUUCAAAACGCAAGAGAGAAUCAUAGACAGCAUUUUAACUACCACGAAAAAUUAUGGACUUGGAGAGAAGCUGGACAGUCUCAGCUGUAAAAGAUGCGUCAUUGUGGGCAAUGGGGGCAUCCUGUCCAACAAGUCUCUGGGUUCCCGUAUAGAUGACUACGAUGUAGUAGUGCGGUUGAAUGAAGCCCCAGUAAGUGGUUAUAGCAAAGAUGUCGGGACCAAAACCACCGUGAGGAUUACCUAUCCAGAGGGAGCUAUCCAGAAGCCUGAAAACUAUGAAAAAGACUCACUUUUUGUUUUUUCCGCUUUCAAAUCGCUGGAUUUCAAGUGGCUCAGACAGAUGGUCUUCAAGGAGAAACUGAGGGGCACAGAGGGAUUUUGGAAGUCGGUGGCUCACUAUGUUCCUCGGGAGCCGACAGAGAUAAGAAUCCUCAAUCCCUACUUCAUCCAGGAGGCUGCCUUCCAGUUCAUAGGCCUGCCCUUCAACAAUGGCCUAAUGGGCAAAGGGAACAUUCCAACUUUGGGAACAGUUGCUAUAACGAUGGCACUGCAUAACUGUGAUGAGGUGGCGGUGGCUGGUUUUGGCUAUGACAUGAACAUGCCCCACGCACCUCUGCACUACUACGAGACUGUCAAGAUGUCCGCCAUUAAAGAGUCAUGGACACACAACAUAUCCAAGGAGAAGGAGUUCCUCCGUAAACUUGUGAAGGCCAACGUCAUUACAGACCUGACCAACGGUAUCUGAGUUUACACCCACCCACAGUCUCCUUCUGCCUUUCCCAAAGGACUACAAAACAGGAAGCGGGGAAACAGAUCGACUCUGGGAGAAAGAACUCUUAGAAUCCGGGUGGCCUGCACACUGUCUGGGUUUUCAUAUCAAAGGAGAUUAUUUUAAAGAAAAAAGAUACAGGAGGGUUUCUGUGGAGCGAUGCACACAUGUGCCUUCUGAACCAAAGACUCCUGCUGAUUGAAGCAGGGGGUGGGGUGGGGGUGGGGACAUGGGGAGGACUGGAUCUGCCUGGUUCCUGUCUUUAUCAAGAGACAGUCGCAGGAAAGCUCUUUGGCCCCACGCUUCAGCGACCACUUCAACCCCAACCCACCCACCCCCGAGUAUCACAUGAAUGAAUAGUAAGAGCAGAGGUGACAUGUUGACAUACAGAUGUCAGGAUUUAGCUGGACAUGCUGGCUAACUUGAUGAAGGUACAGAAGAGAGAGGAAUGAAAAGAGGAUUGUCACAGAGCACAUGGGGGACAGGUUGAGUAUUAGCAGUGCCAAACGUACCUCGUUCAGGGGAGACGUCGUCCUCUCCUUUUGCUGCCUGAAUGUAUUCACUUUACUCAGUGUAAAUAUCAAAGAUUUUUACUGUGCUUUCUAACAAGCUGCAGUAGCCCCCACCCCACCCCCACACCUGCCAUUUGUCCAUUCAUCCAUGUCUGUCCAGGGUCCAAAAUUAACACUUGUCAAGCCAGAUGACAGUAGAUACAUAAGAGAGUCACCUGCCACACGGCUGGUACCACUUUUAGACACUUACAUUCAAGUGUUGUUGUAAUAUACAGACUUGAGUUUUUACAAUUUCCUCUAUAGAGUCUUUGAAGGGGAAUUAUAUUAGCGACUAUAAACCAGUUUCUACACAAAGUGGUUGUGUGUAUGUUUCUGAUGUCUGGAUGGUCAGUUAUCCCCAGUGUGGCUGAGAGGUCACCAAAAAGAUAAAAAAUUUGAUUAUACAGAUAAAUUAUUUAAAAGUGUUGGUAAGUUUUCAAUGAAAACUCUAAAUCUAUUUCUUUUUAAUAAUGAUUUAGCUAUGUAAGAUUCUCUACACUAAAUAGCACUGAGUGCAUGUAUUCUCGUCAGUCUAAAUUAUUUUUAUCAUAGGACUUUAACUUUUGUUUUGUUUGUCACCUCUGCUCAGUUGAACCCAAAAGUUAAACUCAGACACUGCACCUCUCUCUUCCACCUCUUUGUCUCUUUGUAAAUCCUUCUUCCUCUCUGUUCAUUCAUAUCACGUUACUGUCUUCAUCACUUCAUCAGCCAUAAGCCUCCAGGCUGCAGCGUAGACAUACAGUAACGUGUCCUUCCUCGGUGAAGAAAAGAUUCUGUGCGUCCGAUCCCCUUUUCCAACCUCCCGUUCCUGCAGAUGUUCUGUAAUUAGAUUUUCAGUAAAUGGUGAAAUCUCAAAUUGUAGAAUAUGAAUUUUUUUAUUUUAUUUUUUUGUUUGUUUGUUUGUUUUUUGUUUUUAGGUUACUUUUGUUUAUUUAUUUUGUCAGGACGUCCCAAAAGAGAAUCUACGAGGUGAUAAUUGCCAUGCUCAGUGUCAAAUUAUUACAUUACAUACAGUACACAUAAAUACAUAAAAUGACGUGCUGAUUAUGCAUUUGCACGUUGCAGAUGAAGGUUCUGCCACAUGGUUUUUCAGUAUUUCAGCACUGCAUAGAAAGUAUUCAGUAUUACACAAUCAAACCUUUUGCUUCUCCCUCAAAAAAACAAUGCGUCAAAAUGUCACAUCUGUGUUAUUUUUUUUUCAUUUUAUCAAAUGAAUGCUUUAUAAUAGUGAUGGUGCAUAUUUAAAUACUGCUUUACCAAAACAGGCUUUUGUUGUAUGACAGUUCUUUCUUACUUUGUCAAAUGACAAAUCACUGGGGUUUACUCAUUUUUUAUGUUUCUACUUCUUCUUUGGAAGUGCAUAUUUACUGUACAUUGUGUACACACACACACACACACACACACACACACACACACACACACACACACACACACACACACACACACACAGGUUCACUUCCAUUACUCUCAAUCAGUAAGCUGCUCUUGUUGCAUCUGUUACAUUGCUCCAUCACAUGUUCCUUUUCUUGAUUAGUUUUCACAAACACUGCUGGGAUCGGAGAGCAGCAUGUCCUACCCAGUCCCCUCAGAGCGGUUCCACUGGGUGGAGCACUUUUUGGAAAAUGUGGCUCUAUUUGGGACGUUUUCUGAGAGCAAAGGUACAGGGAACAGCUGACCAUUGCACUAUCAUUAGGCACUCUCAGUGCCUUACACCUCAUCACCUGGAAACUGUUGCGCUGGAAAGUAACAGCAGUCGAUCCAGUAUGUAAGAUCAGCUCCAGGUCAGGACAGGUCACUCCUCAUUUCUGUGAUUUGGGACCAGUCCAUUUCAUAUCUGUGUGGUACAUACAUUUAUACACAAUCUAGGAAGUAUUGAAGCCCCAUACUGGUGGUUUUAGCCUAUAAACUACAUAUUCACAAGUGUAUUUAAUGUUGGCUGCUAAACGGCAACUGUUGUGAUGUAAGAAAUUACCAAAUUCACUUUUUGCUUCGUCCAUGGCAGCUUAUUCUUUGUCUUCAACAUUGCUCAUUAAUACUAUGGUUUUUGGCAGCUUACUAUUGAAGGGGCACUCAGCCAAGUGCACACAUGUUCAGUUUACUCGUCACGAGAAGCACUACUCAGCCUGUGAAACCAGUUGUAUAAUGUCUUCUGUGCCUCUGGAGGGAGCUUUCGUAAAAAAAAUUUAGGAUCCGGUGUUUUUGGAGCUUGACCCAAUACUAGAGACUAAAAGUCAGGAUAUAUUGCUCUCUGCCGCUACAGUUUUGAUCAUUCUUUUUAAAUCUGUCUCUUGUAAGACCCCCAGCUUUAUAUAAGUGCAAUGCUAAAUCACUGGAAUACCUCUUUAAUGCUUGAAUGUUAAAACAUGGUGAGGAGAACUUGAAAGUGGUCCCCGCUGACCACCACAGGGCCCGUCAUAGAUUGUAACAAACAUGUUAGAUUUAGCUGAAGGAAGAUUGUCGUAGCGUACUGAAAUAAUUUGAAACCAGCGGCUGCUUGGAAGGCAGAAAAUCAAUCAAAAAUGUAUGCUCUGGAAAAAUGGUCAUUAAUAAUGUAAAAUAUGUGCAAAUUGUAGUCAGUGGACAACAAAAUAGAACACGCCAAACCCACCAGUAUGGUCUUUAAAGCUUUGAGACUAAGCAGAUUCUUAGUUGGAGUGAACCCUUUUUCUUUUCUUUUUUUUUCACCUAGGUUUAUGAAUUUUUACAAAUGCUGGAGGUGUUCAAAUGGAUUGGACCCAAAUCACUUCUUCUAAUAUCUUGUUCAUAUUAAAGUAGAAUGUAUUUGCUUUGUCAUCAUAUUUAUAAACCCCUUUUCCCCCGUUUAAAUUUCACCAUCAUCAGUAGGAAGCUAAAGUGAUCAAAAGUGUUACUGUUUUUUUUAUAUACACUUCUAAAUGGCUUUCUGCAACUCAAUAAAUAAGUUUGUAAUGGA